AUGUCCCGCGGCAACCAGCGCGAGAAGGCCCGUGAGGCUAACCUCAAGCGGCAGGCUCAGCAGAAAAAGCCUCAUGGCAUGAGCGGCUCUGAGCUGGCUCGGGCCAAGGAGAUCGCCGCGCAGCGCAUGCGCGAGAAGCAAGCUGCUGCUGAUGCCAGGAAAGCAGCAGAGGCUGCUGCUGCCGCUGCCCAGAAGGCCAAUGGCAAGAAGAAAUAA